AUGGUGUCGUCAAUGGCUCAUCCCGUGCCGGCUCCCAAACGCCUGCUUCUGUUCGGCCAUGGUGCCAUGUCCUUGGAUCUAGGAUAUUUCAACCGCAUCCUCUCGAUCCACAGAGACGGGACCCCCGGGCGAUGGGCUUCGUACGCGGUUGAGGAUAUCGAAAGUUAUUGGGGCUCCCUCUGCGAAUCCGUACCGAAGCUGCAACACACAUCAGGCGCGAGCGAUGCGCAGACUUUGGCGGAAUGGCUCCGGAAUGGAGCUAUCCCGCCAUCGUCGACAGUCGCAAACCUGCCAAACUCCAUUCUUGGGACACUGGUCAUCAUCGCACAACUCGUCGAGUAUCUCGAGUACACCAAGUCUCCGUCUCAGUCUGGCCCCGUGCAUGGACCGGACUUCCGAGUUCCUUCAUCUGAGGAAACCGAAACCAUCGGGUGCUGUCUCAGGGUUUUCAGUGCUCUCGUGGUGUCGUCGAGCAAAUCUUGGGCCCAGUUCCAUCACAACGCAGGGGCGGUGCUCCGUACAGUUUUCAUACUGGGAGCACUAUCUGACGCCCACGAUGCCACCGACGCCGCCGGGGCAUCCGCCUCGCUGAUGGUGUUCUGGAGAGGGGGGCAGUCGGCUUCUGAUCUGAAAAGAGCGUUGGAGAGGUAUCCCGAGGCCUACGUAUCCGUCUUAUACGAUGACAAUCGAGCGACGGUGACAACGUCUUCCCGGUCCGCUUCUGCAAUCAGAAGCCACCUUCAGAGCGCCGGCAUCUCAGCUAAUGAGACCGAGUUUCAUGGUCGCUUCCACGCCGGCCAGCUUUACGAGUCCGACCUCCAAGCACUGUUCGCCUCCUGCCGAAACCUACCCACGUUCCACAUCACAGACGCGGCUGGCCUCGUCUUACCCACGCGCAUCAAUCGGGACACUGCAGUUUCCAGCGGGACUGAUCUGCUCCUGGCGGCCUCGCGUGCAUUCCUUGUGGAACAGUUCGACUGGAUCAAGACUCUUCGUUCGGCUGUCUCCAGCUCACUGAAGGACAGGAGCUCGCGGUUGGUCGAGUUUGGACCAGAGCGUUGUGUCCCGCCAACUCUUCUGCGGAGGUUGAAAAGCCAGAUAACCACCGUCGAUCUCGAGAACGCUGCAAACAGUCUCGGCGGCCCUUCGAGCCCCAGCGCGGGACAAGACGUGGCCGAGAAUGAUAUCGCCGUCAUCGGCAUGGCGUGCCACGUAGCUGGAGCCCAGGAUCUGGAGCAAUACUGGAAGAUCAUGCUGGAGGGGAAGUCGCAGCAUAGGGAACUAGUUCCAAACGACCGUUUUGCCAUGGAGACAAGCUAUCGGCCUAGCGAAAAAGAAGGAACCAGGAAAUGGUACGGCAACUUCCUUGACGACCACGACUCAUUCGACUACAAAUUCUUCAAGAAGUCUCCCCGCGAAGCCCUCCACAUGGAUCCGCAGCAGAGGCUCAUGCUGCAGGUUGCCUACCAGGCCGUGGCUCAGUCCGGAUACUACCACAAACCUCAGCCAGACAGCCGCGUCGGUUGCUACAUCGGUGUGGUCGGCAGCGACUACGAGAACAACAUAUCGCACACCUCCCCGAACGCGUUUUCGGCCAUGGGCGCCUUGCGGUGCUACAUUGCCGGCAAGGUGAGCCACUACUUCGGCUGGACCGGCCCCAGCAUGACGCUGGACACGGCCUGCUCGGCAUCCACCAUCGCCAUGAACCUCGCUUGCCAAGCGAUAACGAGCGGCGACUGUUCUGCUGCGUUGGUGGGCGGUACCAAUUUCUGCAGCGCACCUCUGUUCUUCCAGAACCUUGCGGCGGGAUCCUUCCUGAGCACUACUGGGCAGUGCAGGCCGUUCGACAAAGACGCAGACGGCUAUUGUCGCGGUGACGCCAUCGGAGCUGUAUAUCUCAAGAAACUGAGCAAAGCCAUUGCCGAUGGGGACCAGGUACUGGGUGUUGUUUCGGCCACCGCCGUGAAUCAGAACCAGAACAGCACCCCGAUCUUUGUCCCCAACCCACUGUCGCUUACGGAUGUGUUCCGGACGGUGAUUUCCAAGUCGGGUCUGGGAGUCAAGGACAUCUCCGUCGUUGAGGCGCACGGCACUGGUACGGCUGUCGGCGACCCGGCCGAGUACGACAGCAUUCGUCAGGUCCUGGGGGGCCCUGCUCGCUCCGGGUUGAAACCUUUGCAGAUAGGCUCCGUGAAGGGCUUGAUUGGCCACGCAGAGGGGGCUUCCGGCGUCAUCUCGUUGAUCAAGGUCUUGCUGAUGAUGCAGGAAAGCCGCAUUCCACCCCAGGCCAGCUUCAACGUGUUGAACCCGUCCGUCGAAGCGUUGCCGUCGGACAACAUGGACAUCACGAUGGCCCCCAUCCCCUGGGAGGACGAGUUCAAGGCCGCGCUCGUCAACAACUUUGGCGCUGCCGGUUCGAAUGCUGCCAUGGUCGUCAAGCAAGCUCCGAAGGGGCGCAGAGAAGCCGAUCCUAGCCUGUCGUCGCCCGCGUCUUCUUUCAAAUGCCCAAUCUACAUCACAGCCAUCGAUGACAAGGGCAUCCGGGCCUACACCACGAGACUGCGCCAGUUCAUCAAAGCAAAAGGAAUCUACGGGCACAAUCUUGGGAUCGAAAAUUUGUCAUUCAAUCUCAACCGGCAGUCGAACUGGUCGCUUGGCCGGGCUCUUGUACUUGCCGCCGAGUCUGUAGACGAUUUGGACCAACGGCUAUCCGCCUUUGAGACGUUCGAGACGCCCGCCGCGCGGCCUGUCAUACUUUGUUUUGGAGGUCAGGUCGCCAGCUUUGUCGGCCUCGAUCGUGAGGUUUUUGACAAGUCGAGCGUCUUGCGCCAUUAUCUGGACCAGUGCAACACCGUCUGCGAGUCGAUUUGCGGAAGAGGGAUUUAUCCCGAUAUAUUCCAACACGAGCCUUUCGACGACCCUUCGGUGCUUCAGCCGCUGCUGUUCUCUAUGCAGUACGCGUCUGCCAUGAGCUGGAUCGACUGCGGCGUCGAACCAGCAGCGCUUGUCGGCCACUCUUUCGGGGAGCUCACUGCGCUGUGCGUCUCCGGAACCUUGAGCUUGGAGGACUCUGUCAAGUUGGUUUACGGCAGGUCAAGGAUCAUCAAAGACUCGUGGGGCCCUGAAAAGGGAUCCAUGAUGGCGGUCCAAGCAGACAUGGAAGACGUCGAAAGCGUAUUGGCCGCUGCAAACGCGCGGUUGGGCGAGAACGGUAAUGGCCAUGCGGCCAGCAUUGCCUGCUUCAACGGGCCGAGAAGUUUCACGCUCGCGGGACUACAGGCUGCCAUUGACGCGGUGCAGCAAGUCAUCUCUGGCCGGGACACUGUCCUCAAGCACAAGCGGCUGAGCGUCACAAACGCGUUCCAUUCCUCUCUGGUUGAGAAACUGAAGACUGACUUGGAGGCCGUAGGCCAGAAGCUGACAUUCGGUCAACCUAGAAUUCCACUCGAGCGAGCGACAAAGGACCACGAGAACGGCCAUCUCUCAGCCACGUACGUGGCCAAGCACAUGAGAGAACCGGUAUAUUUCAACCACGCCGUUCAGAGGCUCGCAAAACAGUUCCCACAGGCCAUCUGGCUGGAAGCUGGUUCCAACUCCACCAUCACAACAAUGGCAGGCAGAGCGCUAGGAACGCCGGCCGGCUCAGUGUUCCAGCCCGUGAACAUCACAGGCACCACGUUCGGACUGCAGCAGCUUGCCAAUACCUCCAUGGGUCUAUGGAAGGCCGGUCUGCGCGUUCCCUUUUGGCCCCAUUCGCGAAGACAGACGAACCAGUACGCUCCAGUAAUGCUUCCUCCAUACCAGUUCGAGAAGCAUCGCCACUGGCUCGACUUCAAGCCGCCCGUCAAGCUUUCGGUCGGCGAUGAAUUCACAUCCAGCAGCGGCACUGGUAGAUCUGAUCUCCGCUCCCCACCGGCAGGUGUCUUUACUCAACUGAACUACGAAGAUUGUGGCGACAGACGAUGGAGUUUCCGUAUCAAUACCCAGAUGAAGGAAUUCACAGACGUCCUGUCAGGACACAGCAUGGGGAAAAGAGCUCCCACCUGCCCAGUCACAUACUUGAUUGACAUGGCAAUCCAAGCAAUCACAAGUGUUCGAUCGGACCUUUCUGCCAGCAAGGGGCUACACCCCCAGAUCUUCAACGUCGUUAACCAGGCUCCCAUAUUCAUGGAUCCAUCCAGACCCUUACACCUUGACUUCGAAAGUCUCGACACGAAUUCCAAGACCUGGGACUUUAAGUUCUCCAACGGCCUUUCCGGCGCCGACAGAUCACUCCAUGUGAGCGGUCAGCUAUUGUUCCAGCAGCCCGAUGAACCUCGUGCCUGUUUCGAGUUCAACAGGCUCGAGCGUCUGGUCACGCACAAGCGAUACCUCCAGGCCAUGGAGAACAGUGAUGAUGCCGACGAUUUCAUCCAGGGACGGUUCAUAUACAAUGUCAUGUCUGGCAUCAUUGACUACGGCUCGAAAUUUCGCGGUGUUCAGAAGCUGGUUGGACGGCCCAGCGAGUCGGCUGGUAAAGUGGUGAAGAGACGUUCCGGUGAGACCUGGCUAGAUUUUGCCCUGGGAGAAACCUUCACCCAGGUUGGCGGCAUAUGGGCAAACUGUAUGGGUCGAGACCGAAACACUUCUGGCGAUGCUGUUUACAUCAUCGCUGCCAUGGAACAAUGGGUGAAGUCGCCAGAGCUGCUUCGCAGAAUCAGCAGAGGCGAUUUCGUUGGCCACGACUCGGAAAGGGAAUGGCAUGUGUUGGCACAACAUAAGCGUACGAACCCGGGCGAUUCGUUCCUCACAGACAUUUUUGUCUUCGAUUCAAAUUCUGGAUCGCUUGAAGAAGUCAUACUUGGUGUUCGGUACACCCCAGUCUCGAUAACACAAGGACACGUUCGCCUUGAAACGCCAAUGGACCCUGUCGACCUACUUCAUCGAAGCUCCCACGCAACCGGCAAUGUCUUGGCUGAGCCAGAAGACGAUUCCCAAAAUCAGCUGGCAUUGAAGCCAGCAGCAGUGAGCGUGCGGAAUACCGGCACAGACGUCGAUCUCUGGAUCAAACUCCAGCGAGUCCUGUCUGAUAUUUCCGGACUUGACCUUGAAGAGAUUGGCGCAACUGAUUCCCUUGCCGACCUCGGAAUCGACUCUCUGAUGGGCAUGGAGAUGGCUCACGACAUCGAAAAGGCCUUUCACUGCACCCUGGACCAAGCUGAGAUCGUGGCAAUUGUCGACGUACCUGGCGUUAUGACAUAUCUGAAGUCGAUACUCGGCCUUGAACAGGGACAAGACCUCAUCGGCUCUGAUGAUGUGGUCGGCUCGGACCACCCUUCAUCUGACAGCGAGAUACGGUCUUCUACUCCAGCCUCGUCAGUCGACCACAUCGAGUUCCCGAUAACCUACGACGAUUCUGCUGGGGCCCUCGGCAUCCCCCCGGCUAGCAUUGUUGAGGUUUUCUGCGAAGCAGCAACAUCCACCGACCAUCUCCUCAAAAGCCAUGGAUGCGCGCACUAUCUCGAUGGCGUCAGCCUGAUCCAGACCCGACUCUGCUUGAAACUUAUAGACAGGGCGUUUAAGAAGCUGGGCUGUGAUCUUGAGACGGCUCAACCUGGUGAUUAUCUCCAGCCUGUGUCUUUUGAUCCCAAGCAUCGCCGCUUCCACCAACAUCUGUACAAAAUCUUGGAGGACACGCGCAUUAUCAACAUCAAUGGCGAUGUCAUCACCCGUACCGGCAUCCCGCUUCCUGCGCAGAGUGCUGAGAGUAUCUUGGAGGAUCUCAUGCAGUACCAUGGGCAGCAUGGUUCUUUACAUCAGUUGACAUACAAUCUCGGCUCCAAGAUGGCCGAGGUCCUGUCUGGCGAAGCCAGCGGCCCACAGUUGCUCUUUGGCGAUGCAAGGAAUCGUGAGCUGGCGGCCGACUUCUAUGGAGAGUACCCCUUCAACAAGGUGUAUUUUGAGCUGAUGGCCAACUUUCUCACCAAUCUGGCAGAGAGGCUGAAAGCAUCAUCCCACAAUCAAACCACUCUCAGGAUCCUCGAGAUGGGAGCUGGGACGGGCGGAGCGACAAAGAUGCUCGUCCCCACGCUCGUCAAGCUUGGCAUACCGUUCGAGUACACCUUUACCGACCUCUCGCCGUCGCUUGUGGCUCAAGCCAGAAAGAAGUUCAAGAGCUAUCCCUCCAUGAAGUUCUUGGUGCACGACAUCGAAAAGCCUCCGUCGGACCCUCGCCUCUACGGCUCGCAGCACAUCGUCAUCGCCAGCAAUGCUGUGCACGCCACCCACUCACUGAACGAGUCGUUGCAAAACUCUCGGAAGUUUCUGCGCCCGGACGGAUUCCUCAUGCUGAUCGAGAUGAUGGAGACGCUUCACUGCAUCGACCUCGUCUGGGGCACCUUGGAAGACUGGUGGCUGUUCGAUGACGACCGGACCCACGCCAUCGUUGACCAGACGCGAUGGGAGAGGGAACUCCUGAGCGCCGGCUACAAGCACGUCGACUGGACCGAUGGCAAAUUGCCAGAAAGCAGAUCAGAGAGGAUCUUGAUUGCCCUAGCAGGUGAUGGCGCAGAGCAUCUGCAGCGCCCUGCUGCUGCCCCCAAGAGCCACGGAGGAGAGCAUGGACUCUAUCUCUCGGAGGAAGCGGCGAAAGCUCGCGUGGUAGCCUCGGACGAGUAUCUGCGCACCACAACGAGCAACUUCCUCAUUCCUGAGAGCUCGGGAACUCCUGCUGUUCUGUCUGCCUCUAGAUGCGUCCUCGUCACGGGGGCUACCGGCAGUCUCGGUUGCCACAUCGUGGAGUACCUUGCCGGCCUGUCCUCUGUUGACAGGAUAUGGUGUCUCAAUCGUCCUUCGGUACGCAAAGGCGGUUCUCGCGACCCCCUAGAGCGGCAGAUUCAGAGUAUGGAGUCGAAGGGCAUCCGUCUGGACGCGACAAUGAUGGCCAAGUUGCAAGCCAUCGAGACGGACACCUCCAAACCCCAGCUCGGCUUGGAGGCUGACCAGUACAAUCGGCUAGUCGAUGAAAUCACCCACAUUGUGCACAACGCCUAUCCUUCCAAUGGCCUUCGGACCUUGACGCAGAACGAGAACCAGUUCGCCAUAUUGCGGAACCUCAUCGACUUCUCGGCCAAGGUCGUGUCCCGCCGCAGAAGCUAUGCGGACGGCUCCUCUCCUGACCAGUUCAAGUUCACCUUCCAAUUCGUCUCAUCCAUGGCCGCCGUGGGAGUCUACCCAGCAGUGUAUGGCAAUGGGCAGACGGCGGUGCCCGAGGAGUUCUGGGACGUCGACAGCGCUCUUGCGAACGGCUAUGGGGGAUCCAAGUCGGUGUGCGAACGCAUCUUGCGUGACACGCUCGGCAAAUACCCAGACCACUUCCGCACCAUGACCGUUCGCCUCGGACAGCUUUCCGGAUCACGGGUUUCCGGAUACUGGAACCACAUGGAAGUUCUAGGUUUCCUAUUCAAGUCGUCGCAGACGCUGGCCUCCUUCCCCAUCUUGGAUGGUGUUUUCACCUGGUUAUCACUCGAAGACACGGCCGGCUCGCUCUCAGAUCUGCUCUUGCGUAACGAGUCUGACUGUUAUCCCAUCUACCAUUUGGACAACCCGGUGCACAAGAAGUGGAAUGACAUAACUCCGCUCUUGGCCGAGGCGCUGGGCAUUCCAGAGAAUGGGAUCGUCCCUCUUGAUGAGUGGAUCAGACGCGUGAGAGGGUAUCCCGGUGAGGAUCCGUGGGACAACCCGGCUGCAAAAGCGUUGGACUUUUUUGAACACAAGUUUCUGCACAUGUCAUGCGGAGGCGUCACUCUGGCAACCGACAAGACCAGGGAACACUCCAAGACUUUGAGGGAACUCCAGCCCAUAUCCGACGAGGUUCUCAAGAGGUAUAUCCAGGCAUGGAAGGCUAGUGGGUUCCUACGCUAG